AUGGCUUCUUUUGCGGCUAGGGCAACCGGCGCCUCCGUGUGCGGAAAGCGUUUUUACCCAUUUGGACAAACCAUGGCUCGCGCUCUGACUACUCAUACAACAUCUUAUACACUCAACUCAGGUGCAAAGAUCCCGGCGCUCGGGCUCGGUACAUUCCAAGAACCCCAUUCCCUAGAAGAAAUCGUCAGUAGGGCCUUGCAGAAGGGCACAAGGGGAAUCAAGAAGAGUGGAAUUCCCCGUAAAGGUAUCUUCCUCUGUACAAAGCUGUGGUGUAAUUAUUACCACCCCGAUGUCGUGGAGGGCGCUUUGGAUGACACCCUGCGAGAUCUAGAUACCCCAUAUGUCGAUCUUUUGAUGAUGCAUUACCCGUGCACCUUCAAGCGGGAACCCGACCUAUUUCCUGGGGAACGAAGAUGGAAGAAUGACUGGCAAGAUCAAGGCCAUGGGGUGUCGAAUUUCAGUAAGGGAGAAAUUAAGACUCUGCUCGAGGAGUCGUCUACGGCCCCAGCACUUCAUCAAAUGGAGGUUCACCCCUAUUUCCAGCAGACGAGUUUCAACGAGUGGUUGCGGGCAAGGGGGAUCCAUGUGGUGCAGUUCAGCCCCUUGGGCAACACGAAUGACUUCUACCGACAGACUGGAUGCUCCAAGGAGAUUGCGCACAUGAUGCGAGUUAUUGACCAACCAAUCUUAAAGGAGGUUGGCCAGAAGUAUGGCAAGAGUCCGGUACAGGUUGUACUCGCAUGGGGAAUCCAUAGCGGCGGUUCAGUUAUUCUGAAAAGUGUCGUCGAUUGGCAAAUCGAGAAGAACCUGGAGGCAGCGACUCUGAACGCAAAAGCUCGCUUCAAUGAUCCCAGUCUGGACUACGCGCGGCGAUUGUACAGUGACUUGGGAGGCAUUGACGGCACUAUGAUGGGAAGAACUCACUAG